AACUCCAUUUCCCAAAGAAAUGUUUCAACUUCAAUUGAGGUGUCUGAUGUUAAUCUUGAGCAGGAAUCAAAACUACAGAAGGAACCUUCAAACCCGAUUUCCCUGAUCUUAUUCAGGAAAUAUCGCGGAGGAGACAGGCAGGCAUCACGUUCGCCUCGGUGAGGCGAAAUCGCCGCCCGAUUCCCGCCCCUCGAAGGAAGCCAUGCGUAUACAAAAUUAAUCCGGCGUCUUACACAAGGUUUUCCUCUCGUAAUCCCCUUUUCCCGUAAUUCUAUCUCUUUAACCUCACUUUUUUUUUUCCUUCUAAAUUCUCAAUAAGCUCGGCUGCCCGCCAUGCCGGAGCAAGCAGAGUCGGCGCUGGCGCGGCGCCGAACCGCUAGCGCCGCCAUGCGGUUUAAGGCCACAGCCGAGGCCAAGGGAAAAGGGAAGGGCAAAGAGGCCUCGGCCAAAGGGAAGGGUAAAGAAGCUGCUGGCAAGGAGGCCGCGGGCAAGGACGCUAGAAGGCGGCGUCGUGGACGUGGCAAGGGUAAAGGCAAGGGCAAAGGCAAAGGGAAACAUGGCAAGGGAGCCGCCGGCGAGGACUACGACUACGGGCUUCCUACGGUCGGGGGAGAACCAGAAAAUAUGAGUUUCCCAAUGAAAGUCGUGGACCGCAUGCAAGACAUACACAUGAUCGGCGGCAGUUUCGUCGAAUCGAUUGGCAAGAUGAUUGAGCAAGUGGCGCCGAGCGAAGUUACGGAUAACGUCAACGGGUUGGACGGACCCGACACCGUUGUGCUCGUCGUCUUCCUGAUCCUCGUAUUCACGCUCUUCGGCAUAAUCAGCUACUACUUCCAGCGAUUCAUCUUCUAUCACAUCAAGCACUGGAUCGUACGGAUCGAUCCCCACGAACCGUUCGAAGAGGCUACUCCCGAAUGCAACUCUGAAGGAAUUCCUGUCUUCCACAAAGCUAUAUUUUUCCCUGACGAUGCAGAUCAAUUCACGGCUUUGAUCGGGGAAGCGCCCAAAAGUCUCGACGUUAAGAAAACACAAGCUUACAGGUUUCUGAAGGAUUUGCUGAAUGAUGCGUGCUGUACAGUGGAAAUGGCUAUGUAUAGUAUCACAUCAGAUGACAUUGCAGAGCUUUUGCUCUGCUUGGACCGAAAAGGAGUCAAGAUCCAAUUGAUAUGCGACGAAGCCGUUUUACCUCUGGAGGGUUCGCAAAUCCCGAAGCUUCAACAACACGGUAUCGACGUGGCAAUUUGGCCCACGACGUCUGCGUACAUGCACCACAAGUUCGUCGUGAUAGACAGCAAAACCGUGAUUUACGCCAGCUUCAAUAUGGCCAAUAACUCCUUUUUCUACAAUUCCGAAGACGCGAUUGUGACGAAUGAUCCGCGAUUUGUCAAGGCCUUCCAAGCUGAGUUCAGCAACAUCCGAUAUCUCAUCACGCUCUUCCCGUUCUGAGGCGUGUGCCAAGUUCAGAAUUUUCUUGAAGGCAUUGGAAAAUUUCUACCGUUAUUCAAGUGUCCCCAAUUAUUUUUGAAUUGCACGUGCAGAUAGUUUUAAUCCCAUUUUUAACCAAAUUUUUUCCUGAUAGAGGAAUUGCAGGCCAUUCGAAAAAUG